AUGUGGUUCGUCAGAUUCGCCACCGUCGACAAAAAUCCAUACUCAACACGUGGAUUAGGCAAGUUUUGGGAACUUCUAACUGAACUCGAUGAAAGAAGGAAGAAGGUUUAUUCCAAGAUGAACCCUCACGACAUAUCCUUCGUUCAAUUUGCGUAUUCCGACAAUGAUGAAGUAUCCAUCUUUCUAUGUUCUGGCUGUUAUGAUAUUGAUUUUGGUGUUCUUAACGGUGUUUGUUCAAAGCCAAUAAAGAAAACUGUGAGGAAUACAAAUGAAAAGGAAUAUGUGAGAGGGUUGAGUGAAAAGAAGAUGGUGGUGAUGAAUGAGGGUUUAAAUUCUCCAUCAAACUACUUUCUGCAUUUUGGGAUAUUAGGUGCCGUUUUAUGA